AUGGUGGAUGAACAAGACGGCCGAGCUACAGACGAAUCGUUGUCGAGUCAGACCCGUGGCGAGCAAAGGCUGCGGUUGGUCCUGGACGUCUGCUUGGAGGAGAUGGGAGUGACAAAGCAGGGAUCCUGCACUAGAUUUACCAUCAAUAUGCAACAUGGCUCUGUUGGGUUCUACCUCCUCGUCCUCCUCCUCUUCCAUCCUCUAAGCUUGACUGACCUGGAGGAGGUGGAUGAAGUACCAGUGGAGGUCGUCACCAACAGCAGCCCCUGCAGCACCACCUGUGGGCUGGGGGUUAAAACUCAAACCUUGUGCUUCUUGCAAGACGGCAAGACGGCGAUGGAAGAAACCAAAGGGGGAACAACGGUGACGGAGAAGUGUCGCGUCCGUAAGGUGAAGUGUCUGGAGUCGUGGCAGUGUGGACUCAGGACGAUGACUGUGACUUCUGGACAGAAAGUGGAGAUCGACUGUCUGGGAGAAGUCAUGGAGACGAUGGGGAGGUUCUCCUGGAGGGUGUCUUGGCGUUACGCCCGAGGAGUUAUCAGCUCUGAUGACUCUCUCUUUGCUCGCUGGGAAGCCCCUCAGCUGGACCGAGUGAUUCUGAACCCCGUCAGAGAGGAGGAUGCAGGUACAUAUCGCUGCGACGUGCAGGACGCUGCCUUCCGCAGGGUGAAAAGGAUUUACUGGGGGAUCCGAGUUUUGCCAGUUGGGAUUCUCAAUCUGGACUACGAAAGCUCUGAGGCCCAGUGGGAGUCGACUGGAAACCAUCAGAGCCGCACUUCUGGGCGGAGCCGAUCCAAGGAGAACGCUCUGGCGCUAGCAGCUCAUCAGCCGCUCGCCCUUCAAAUACGAGCGGCUCACAGGACUCCAGCGCCAGAUGAUUGUGACACAUCCCCCGUGCGUUUCUCUGAGGCGCCAGCGUUAUCCGGCACGCCUGCCUUCUCCUCUCUCGAGCUCCCACCACAGAAACCCACAGCCACGAGCACCCUCAUGAGACGGUCACGGUUCAUGCACCUCCACGGGUAA